AUGCCUGCUGUUUCAUUUACAUCUAUAUUCUUAGGAACUCAUGCGUCUGCCUCAUCCGCCAUCGCUACUCCCAUUGUGCCUUCUGCACUCCCUUCGUCAUUUAUGCCUGUUGCACCAUCUGUGUCCGCUGAAUCACUUUGGCCUAAUGCACCCUCUGUAACGACAUCUGCUGUGCCUUUAGAAGCGUCUGUUGCUCAUAAAAGCAAUCUUACUGAUGCCAAUGUUCCAACUGAAGAUACAAAUGACGAUGCCAACAGUGCUCCAUUUGCAUCCACUGAUGAAGUAGAGUUUACUGAGCUGGAUACCUCAGUUUACAAUUCAGAGUACCAGUCCCUUGGCAUGGUUAUUCACUUGCAAUCUGGUAGUGUGAUAUGCGUUCGUUGUCGCUGUGCAGUUCAACUAGGAAACGUCGUUGGCCAUUUUGGUCGCAAUCAUUCAUUGAACAGGUGGAUUGCUCAAUACAACGUACAUCAACAGCAGCGGUAUGGAGAGCAAUUGGAUGUCGAGUUAUCCCAGAUACAUCCCGAACCGCUAACUGUCCAUAACUUGGAAGAAAAACUGCGUGAUCAAGGAGCUGUCUUGUAUAACGAGCACGGCCUGUACGUUGCUCCUCUCAAAAAUCCAUUGCCUGCCAUCUCUCUCUUGGAUGUAUUGCCUGGCUUCAUGUGCGGUUUCUGCCCUGUAGAAGAUGUAACUGCAGUCGCUGCAUUCACCGGUGGUGUAUCCACUGUGGCCAAGCACAUGCAACAAAACCACCGUGGGCUGAAUCAUAAUCAGUACACCACUUGUCAUGUACAGCAUUUAUACAAAGACCAAGGCCACAAGGUGUACAUUCGUGUGGAGCAGCAGUAUUCGGGCCCAACAAUUCCAUCAACCAUCACGAGUGAAGGUGAUGCACUAUUCGAAACCUUUUUAUGCGAGAAUCCUGAUGUCACCAUUGGCGAUUCCCGGGUCUUUUCUCGCUUCUAUGAGUAUGUCAACUGGUUUGACUUGGUAGUGGAUGUCGCUGGUGCUGACACCAACGAAAAUAGGCUCCUGCUGCACGACUGGGUCAACGCAAGAACCCCCAGACUUAAUGAUGAGGUGGCCCGGUUUGAUCUGGACCUAAAGAGCCUGCUCCAACUGUGGGUCUCCUAUGUCAAGAUGAUGAUGAUGGCUGCUGCUCCCUCCUUUGGCUCUGACGAGGGCACUGACCUUCACAUCAAGUACCGUGAAUUCGGUCGAGCCAUUUUCAAUGAUAUUAACGGUGACACAUCCAGACAAUUUGUCAUCGAUAUCGAAAAUAUCAUUGCUGAAAUGCGUUCUGCUGGAGACAGCUUUCGUGCUAGUGAGAGAGCCUUUCCUGUCUUGCACAGCUACUUUAUGUCGCUUGUCAGUGAGCAGACACCUCCAUUUAACCAGAGAGUCAAGUGCUCAAUCCUGGUUUUCACUGCAUUCUCACAGAUUGAGGCAUCAGGAUGCUGGAAGAACGUAGCAUACGUAAAGAGUGUGCCUGCGAGAUUAAAGUAUCUGUUUAGAAGCAUCAUCCUUUACGAACUCUUGUUGAAAAACGAUGGGCUGGUAUUUGAUGACGUGGAUAACAAUGUCCAAGUUGGUACCGCCAUCAAUGAUGAUGGUCUUAAUACCGAUCUCACUGAAGAAGAGUUGGAGGAGUUCAACAAUAAUGCGUGA